UAGAUGGCACGACAAGGUAUUGAAAAUAGUGCUAGAGUAUUGGUGCUAACCUUUCCGAAGUUAUUUAAUAAGUGUCAGAAAGAAAUAAUAGUCAUAGUUAUAACGUAUGAAAUGUUAUCAAAUUGAUUUAUAAGAUUAUACAUAUAUUUCUUUUAUUAAUAAAGCUAUAUUUGUUUUGAUUACUACUUUGCUAUAAAUAUGUUACGAUUGAGUAUUCUACAAAGUGUAAAUGGAGCAGUUUUAAAAUUAAACAUCAACGAAAAUAGAUUUUUAACCAAAUGUAUGAAUAAUUUAAAGACAAGCAGUAUCAAGUUAUCAAGUUAUCAAGACAGCAAGUUAUCAAAAACAAACAAAUUAAAAUCUGUAAAUGAGUUUAAAGUAAUGGUAAACAUAAAAUCAGUAUCUAUUUUUGGUUCUGAGACAGUUGAGAAUUGUGGAAUACAAUGCAUUGAAGAUAAUGAAGAUUUAAAAAUUCCAACUGUAACACACAUUGUUAGCAAAACCAUGUCUCCCAAAGUAAAAGCUGCUUUAGAGAGGUGGAAGAAAAAUAUGAUUGAUAUAUAUGGAGAAGAGCGUUUUAAAUCAUACUGUAAAGGUAUAUUGAAUAGUGGUAAAUUAUUUCAUUCUUAUGUACAAAUGAUGUUUUCAAAGAAAGAAAUUGAAAUUCCACCUUUUAUCAAACCAUUAUACCUUAGUAUAAAACCAUUAUUGAACGAUAUGAAAAUUUUUCAUAGAACUCAGACAAAUGUGACAACAUUGGGAUACAAAAGUGUCAUAGAUUGUAUUGCUUCCUUUAGAGGUAAGACAUAUUUAAUCGACUGGAAAAAGUCAGGGAAACGGCAAACAUCGCUUGCAACAACUUAUGAUGCACCUAUACAAGUUGCUGCUUAUAUUGGAGCUAUUAAUGCUUUUAAUGAAUAUCCAUUUAAGAUAGGUAAAGGUUUGGUUACUGUUGCUUAUACAAAUGGUGAACCUGCAAGUAUUCAUGAAUUGAAGGAUGACGCCUUACAAAUAGCAUGGAGAGAAUGGUUGAAUAAGUUGGAACAGUUUCAUGCAAGUUAUUACAAAGGUAGUUUAAAUACUUAAUUUAUAUUUGUAAAUUAAAAUAUGAUACAUAUUAUACUACUUAUAUAUUUCACUGAACAAGUUUCAUAGUAUUUUUGCAUAAAUAAAAUCAU